UCUCUAGUCAAGAGCUUACCAGUCGUUCCCGUAUUCCCUUGCAAUCCCAAUAUGCCUUUUUCACCACUAAGGCCUACUUCACCUUUAAUACCUUUUUCACCUUGUAGCCCUUUAUCAGCGACAUUACUUGGAAAUCCUUUAUCACCUACAUCUCCAGAAACUGGACCUUUGUCCCCUUUCGUACCCACAGAUCCAGAAUCGCCAAUGUUUCCUUUUAAGCCUGUAGGUGCAUUAUCGCCAAGACUACCCUUAAUUCCAAACCCCCCAACGUCUCCUCCAUCACCAAAGUUUCCCACAAGGCCUUUACUACCAGCAUCGCCUGCAGUUUGUUUUCAAGGUCAAAAAUUGUCCAAUUUAUAA